AGAGACGCUGAGAUAACUGACCCGACGAAACUAAAAGUGAAUUCAACCAUCUCCGUACCAUCGUCGAGGAGCUCCUCAGACCCAGAGACGGCUGCAAUGAGGAAGAGGUUCCUCUCCGUCUGCUCGUCUUCCUCGGCUGAAGAAGACGGUCCAAGCGUCUAUGACAAUGUUCCCAUUUCUGCCACGGAUCCCCGUGAACCAGAACAUCCCUAUGAAGCUCUGCUCUGUUGUCAUCGUGUCCAAGACUCGUUGCUGAGCUCCAACAGCAGCUUCACCGAAUACAGAGGCAUCCUCAACUGGAUCAUCAUUCUCCUGGUCCUGACUCAUGCUCACUUGUUCUUGGAGAACUUCAUACAACAUGGCUUUUUGAUAGAUGUCAAAAAGGUUUUGGAGCAUCUCAUCGAGGACAACUGCAACUGGCCGUCUGUCAACCUCAUAGUAGCUGCCAACAUUUUUGCCAUUACAGCUUUGCUCCUAGAGAGGUCUCAGGAAAAGGGUAUGCUGUCCCCCACCAACGGUCAUCGCUUACAUCUCACAAAUCUGGGCAUGCUCAUGCUAUUUCCUGCUGUGGUCAUUGUACAUGAGCAUACAAUAUCAACAGGUGGAGCGUUCUUAUCCCUCUGGUUCUACACUGGUCUGGGGAUGAAGCUGUAUUCAUACCAGGAAACUAAUCGCUGGUACAGACAGGCUCAUUUAAAGGAUGCAGAGAUGGACAAGAAUGUUUCUGUUGCUCAGAAAUCCCCCAAUGAGCAGCCUACUUUCCAAGAUCUGUAUUAUUUCCUAUUUGCCCCCACUCUGUGCUACCAGAGAGACUUCCCAUGUACUCCUAAGGUCCGCAUCAACAAGCUACUGCAUAGCCUGCUGGAAAUGGUGAUCGUCAUCCAGAUCAUGGUUGGAAUUGUGCAGCAGUGGAUUGAGCCAAUCUUCCAGAGAUCAGAAAACUCCUUCUCUAGCAUGGACAUCACUAUGAGAGUGGAGCACCUUGUGGGACUGGUGGCGCCAACCCAUUUCCUCUGGCUCCUCUUCUUCUUCUUGACUCACUCCUACCUGAAUUUCUGCGCAGAACUGCUGCGCUUUGGUGAUCGCCAUUUAUAUGGAGACUGGUGGAACGCAACGACUCUGGUCACUUUCUGGAAGAACUGGAAUAUUCCCUUUCAGAAAUGGUGUCACAGACAUGUAUACACUCGGCUGGUGGAAAAUAACGUGUCCCUGUCACGAGCAGAGUUACUGGUCUUCCUGAUGUCAGCUGCUCUAUUUGAGUACAUGAUUGCUCUGCCUCUGCAUAGCUGUCGUCUGUGGAUCUUCUUCACGAUGCUGUUUGAGCUUGUGGUUGCGGUAUUCCUUGCAAACUAUUUCCAGGGAAACUAUGGCAACGGCUUAGUGUGGCUGUGCCUUCUGCUGGGCCCUCUUCUGGCUGUGAUCACCUACUUUCACGACCACUACAUCGGAUUCCGUCACCAUCAUCAUCAGUCAUCGUCCUCACCACUGACAUCAGACCACGGGCUUCCCAGCGCAGCUUUUCUGCAGCCUCAGUGAUCAUGUGUCGGAAAGAAAUUCUGUCCUAUUGCACUGUAUUCACAAGUAGACCAAGAGGAUUCGACUGUGAUCCAGAGUUCAGUUAACGCCGCCUGUGUCUGUCCAAUGAUCCAUUUUGAUGUCCGGAAAGUCUUUUGGAGUUAUAAUAUAGGACCUAUACCCAAUUCAGCAAUAUAAAUAUGAUUUGUAGACUCAUAAAUGUUUUUUACUAUGUCUCUGCUGCUGUAAUCCUGCAAAUUUCCCCACUGUGGGACUAAUAAAGGAUUAUCUUAUUUUAUACUGUGUACUGGAAAAAAGACCUGACUUGCAAAUUGUGC